GCAUGGCCUGGGCCGCUGUGGCUUCAGCCUGCGUCUCUGCCAAAGCAAGGCGUGCCCACCGUUCGGGGCUGAGGCACGCGCACGUGGCAGCUUGCUGAAGGGGCCUGGGCAGUCGUGACUCCUCGCCCCGCCGAAGACUCCCCGGGGCAACGACUGGAGCGGGGACAGGAUCCCACUGCAGUACCCUUGAAGACACUCAGAUCUUGGCCCUUCCCACCGACACCCGCACGCAGCCUCCUUGCUGCCUCCAGAGCCCCAGCUGCGGCUACCCCAUCGCCCCCUCCCCAAAUCACGGUCAGGGCUGGGGGCCCAGCAGGAGCCAGGGCCGCGGGGCCCCUGUGACACGUUGGGGGCCCUGGGGGUGGCAGGAACCCAGGGCUCGUGUCCCCUCAUCUGAAAAUGGGAACGAUGAUGGCCAGAGCCACCUCGGGGGAACCCCGCCUGACGUGGGUGAGGUGCCCUGGGACCCCAAACCCGGGAUCCACCCUCCAGAGGGUGGGAGCCCACGCCCACAGCCCCCAUUGUGGACUUGAUCGUCCCGCCACUGGCCUGAGCUCUGGGUCCGCACCCCUGAGCGCAGGCUUCCGGGCGGGAAAGGAGGGCCUGGGCACCGAGCGCCGCCCCUGCGGGGGGCCACACGGGGGGCCAGGCAAGCGGUGCCUCAUUUCCCCGCCUGAGGAGUGGCUUGCUCGUGUCCUGGGCAUUCGCUGCCCCAGAGCUGAGGCAGCAGAGCCAGCGAGACGGGGUGCCGGCCACAUCGGUGCCACCCACAGUUGGGUCGCUGGAGUCCCCUAAGGGCCCUGAAAGCCCUCCCGGGCGGGGACCCUUGUCGGCUCACGUGGGCGUUCCCUGCACCCAGCCUAUGAUCUGGGAAGAGCGGACAGAAGGCACGUAGGUUUGUGGGACUCAUGGCCGCCCACUGCUUCCUGCUCUGGUCCUUGUAGAAAGGAGAGAACAGCGCAGGCCCCUGCGUCUCUCGAUUAGAUAAGGGGCCCCAUCCAUCUUGCUCCCUUCCCCCACCGGGGAGGAGGCAAGUGCUCACAACCCCGCCAGCCCCACUCAGCCCACGAUCCAGACCCUGCCCUGCUCUCCACAGCCAGCAGCCAGCAGGCCUUGCGAAACCGUGGCACAAGGUGCCCAUCCGUCUCUUCUGGAGGCCUCCAGCCCUGACCCCCGCUGCGGGUUUCCUGGCCUGGUCCAGGGACAACUUCUCCCAUGACGCGAUCAGGCCGCAGGCCCAGGCCUCCAGCGAGAUAAAAGAGUUGGGCCGACGGGGGGCGGAGGGAGCAGCAGGAUGGCAUUCGGGGCAAAGGCACGAGUGUGGCUGGCAGGGCCCUGGCCGUCCCCGGGCAGGGCACGCGCACCGGGCGCCGGAGCCGCUCCGGCCCCCAAGGCGGUGCUGCCCUUCGAAGCCAUACCGCGCUGUCCCGGCAACAGGUGGAUGAGGUUGCUGCAGAUCUGGAAGGAACAGCGCCUGGAGAGCUUUCACCUGGAGGUGCACCAGCUCUUCCAGGAGCUGGGGCCCAUUUUUAGGUAUGACGUGGGAGGGACACGCAUGGUGCUCCUGAUGAUGCCCGAGGAUGUGCAGAGGCUACAGCAAGUGGACGGCCAUCAACCGUGGCGGCCGCCCCUGGACCCCUGGCUGGCCUACCGACAGCAUCGCGGGCACAAAUGUGGCGUGUUCUUGCUAAACGGGCCCGAAUGGCGCAUGAACCGACUGAAGCUGAACCCAGACGUGCUGUCGCCUCAGGCCGUCCAGAAGUACCUGCCCAUGGUGGACUGGGUGGCAAGGGAUUUCUCGAAGGCCCUGAGGUCGAGAGUGCUGCAGAAUGCCCGGGGGAGUCUGACCGUGGACAUCCAGCCCAGCAUCCUCUCCUACACCAUAGAAGCCAGCAAUCUAGCCCUUUUUGGAGAGCGGCUGGGCCUCCUUGGCCACAGCCCAAGUCCUGCCAGCCUGAACUUUCUCCGGGCUUUGAAGGUCAUGUUAAAGUCUACCGCACAGCUCAUGUUCAUGCCCAGGGUCCUAUCACGCUGGACAAGCACCCAGCUGUGGAAGGAGCACUUUGAGUCCUGGGACUACAUCUUCCAGUAUGCCAACAAUGCCAUCCAGAAAAUCUACCAGGAGCUGGCCCUCAGCCGCCCGGAGCACUACAGCGGCAUCGUGGGGGAGCUGCUGACGCACGCGGACCUGAGCCUCGAGGCCAUCUGGGCCAACUCCAUCGAGCUCACCACCGGGAGUGUGGACACGACGGUCUACCCCCUGUUGAUGACUCUCUUUGAGCUGGCUCGAAACCCUGAAGUGCAGCAGGCCCUACGCCAGGAGAGCCUGGGGGCCGAGGCCAGGAUCUCGCAGGAUCCCCAGAGCGCAACCUCGGAGCUGCCCCUGCUGCGGGCGGCCCUCAAGGAGACCUUGAGGCUGUACCCCGUGGGGAUGUCUGUGGACCGAAAGGUGGCCUCGGACGUGGUGCUGCAGAACUACCACAUCCCGGCAGGGACAUUGGUCAAGGUGCAACUCUACUCCCUGGGUCGAAACCCCUCUGUGUUUGAGAGGCCCGAGUGCUACCAUCCCCAGCGCUGGCUGGACAACAGGGGCUCUGGCACCAGAUACCCACACCUAGGCUUCGGCUUUGGUCUGCGCCAGUGCCUGGGGCGGCGCCUGGCAGAGACAGAGAUGCUGCUGUUGCUGCACCACGUGCUGAAAAGCUUCCUGGUGGAGACGCUCAGGCAGGAGGAUGUAAAGAUGACCUACCAGUUCGUGUUCGUGCCCACCACCCACCCCCUCCUCACCUUCCGGGCCAUCAACUAGUCACGUCACCGCGCCGUCGGGCCAGCGGUGCUGCCAGCCCCCUUCUGCCUGCCCCCGGCCACCCUUGUUGUCUCCCACGGACCCUGCUUCUGGAGCCACAGCACUGUCCAGCCGGCGCCUCGCACCCAGGGGCAGGGGGAUGAAUCUGGCCGCAGGUCCUGCCUGUGAGCCCAGUGCCACCAGCGCCUUCUCCAGCGAGGAGCACCAUCGGAGGGCCUUGGCCCCCGUA